AGCGGUAGUUGCACGGUUUUGACGCCCUCCAGCCCAGGGGGCAGCAGCGGCGGAGGUUCCUGAUCCAGGAGCAGCGGGGCCUGGAAGCGGCGGAGAGUCUGUUGGAGGCGCGAUGGGCGGUGGGGACUUGAAUCUAAAGAAAAGUUGGCACCCGCAGACUUUAAAAAAUGUUGAACGCGUGUGGAAAGCAGAACAGAAACAUGAAGCGGAAAAGAAAAAGAUCGAGGAGCUUCAGAGGGAGCUUCGUGAGGAACGAGCUCGUGAAGAGAUGCAGCGCUAUGCAGAGGACAGUGGUGCUGUUAAGAAAAAGUCAGACAGGCUUGAUUGGAUGUAUCAAGGGCCUAGCAGUAUGGUGAACAAGGAGGAAUACUUGCUCGGUAGACCCAUUGACAAAUAUGCCACAGACAAGAUGGUGGAUGAAGAGUCUGGGCCUUCUUCUGAGACUGGACUGUUGCCUGGCUCCAUUUUUACCGCAACAGGGGCUAACUCUGCAUUGGAUAUGGCAUCUAAGAUACGAGAAGAUCCACUGUUUAUGAUCAGGAAACGUGAGGAAGAGAAGAAGAGAGAAGUUUUAUCUAAUCCCAUGAAAAUGAAGAUGAUCAGGGAGAUACUGCAAAAAAACUUGGAUAAAACGGAUAAGAAGAAAAAGGACAAGAAGAAGAAGCACAAAAAGCAUCGACGAUCCAGCUCCAGUGAUAACGAGCAUCACACAAAAAAGUAUGAAAAGUCCAGGAAUUCAUCAUCAACAUCUGUUCCAAAGAAACUGCCUGGGUAUGGCUUAAAGGUGAAACAUUCUCACAGCAUUAUCCAACAACAACAUUCCCCAUCUUCUGACCCAGCUAAAGUAUCUCACAAGACCAGAGGACCCAGGUCACGGUCUGGGAGCCGCUCCAGGACAGUGAUACAUCAAUCUCGUAAGGAUGUCAAACGUGAAGGUUCACGUCAUAGAAGAUCCAGAUCAAAAUCUCAGUCACCACCCAGACACUCGAAAGUGCAUCCACGGUAUGAUGACAAAAUUGGAAAUGUCGAAGCUCGAAAGUCAUCCCUAUCAAGAGCAGGAUCCCACAGGAGGCCUUAUUCUAAUCAGUCAAGUAAACUUUCAGCUGAGGAACUGGAACGUAGGCGUCAGGAAAUGAUGGAGGAUGCAAAAUGGAAUGACGAAGCUCGCCAAUGUAACAUCAGACGGUACAAAGAGGAUGAUGAAAUGGAGCAGGAACUGGAGAGAAGGGAUACCAGAGACGGAAAGUUUCUUCACAAAAUUAAGCUACAAAGCACUGCAAUGUCAUCCUUAGAAGAUCGUGUGAAACGCAAUAUUCAUUCCAUUCAGCGAACACCUGCUGCCCUGGAGAAGAACUUCAUGAAGAAGUGAACUGGGCCAUUAAAUAUGAAAAAGAGCUGAAAUCCUGUAGAAGGGAACAGUGUUUGAAUGAUGUUAGUGGCCAAUUUUGCCUUUCCUUGUACAAAUACUUAACUGAACAGAAACGGCUAUAAAUCAUCAAUACUCAGGGAAAUGGAUUUGAAUGCACAGAAAACACCUUGUUAAGAUUAGUUUUUCCCCUCUCAAAUUCCCUACAUGCGAUCAAUCAGGACUAAAAUCAUUUAGUCCCCCGAUGCACAAAUGGCUAAGAUAAGUAAAAUCACCCUGCUUAUGCCUAAGAAAUUGUCACAGCCAAACUUCCAAAACUGACUAUAAAAUCUCUUGUAGAUUGAGCAGGAUGAGGGACAGUUGUUGGUGUUUAGACAUUAGGUUUGUUCCAUUUAAAGCCACCACACUCAAACUGCUGGGAAUUCCAAGGGAAUUGUGACUGCUUGUAAUUUUUUUGUUUGAAACUUAUACGUGUAAGCAGAUAUGACACUUAAGGUAUCACAUGCUAAGAAAAAAGAAACAUACUGCAGAUGCUGGAAAUCUGACGUUAAAACAGAGUGGUGGCAGCACCUGUGGAGCGAGAGAGAGUUAACUUGAACAUAACUUUGUUUCUGUCUCCACCGAGGCUGCUGGACCUGCUAAGUUUCUCCAGCACUUUGUUUCUCUGACAUGCUUGACCUGAAGUGUUCACACACUGAUCAGCGAGUUCCUGUUACAUGAUUCAUUUUUGUGUGUAUAUAACAAAAUGAUGGAAUUUGGAGAGAGAUUCCUGAAAUACUCAGGUUCUACUCAGCUUCUUUAGGUGAAGACAUUGUGACAGUUGACAUUAAAAAAAAUUAUAUCCGACAUGAGCAGCAAACUUGAUUAUAGAAAAUGUUGAUAAAGUGUUAGAAAACAUCAUGGUGAUAAGAAAUAAGAUUUAGGGAUAGGACUUGUGUUCUGUGCAGAAUGACUAACAGCAUUGUGAUUUUUCUUGAAGAUAUUACUUUUCUUUCCCCCAGCUCUCAGUGCAUAAACUUUGUGUCUGAUCUUUCUUUCAUUGGAUUGGCUUCUUGGAAUUCCUCAACCCCAAUCGGGACAGGUGAGCUUGAGGAAGUGCAAGUCAAACUGCCAUUGUGCCAAUUGCUCUGAAAGUUUAAGGUCUUAACUUGCUGUGUACAUUCAGAUUGGUGAAGAUAUGAAUAGGAGCUGGGGUAGAGCCUGCCUAGGAUUGUAAGUAUUGAACCAUCAUAGGACACACCCAAUGCUCUCUUCACACAGGUUCAAAUAUGUUGUUCAGUAACCACAGCGCCAAAUGGUGUGUGUUUCCGCUCAGCCACUACGGCAGUAAAGAAGGCUGAAUUUUACUGAAAAUGGACACAGGCCUGCAUCCACAUGGAUCCAGUGUAAAUAGUUAUGAACAAUAUUUGAUCUGGAGCGUAUAUUGUCAGUAUGACACCUUUCAUCGGUUUGCACAUAUUAAAUCUGUAAAUAACCAAAUGUGGCUGAUGACUUUAGAUAUUUUAUAUUAAGGUUUGUGAAUAAGAGUAAAAACUGAAAUUUUAUUGGCAAAGAAGUUUCUAAUUUCAUGGUAAUUUUGUACUUUUCAAAUCUAGUAAACCCAUUUUCA